AUGGACCUGCAGCAGCCGGUGACCAACCUGAGCGAGCCCUGCCGGAGCUGCGGACAUGCGCUGGCGGACCACGUAUCCCACCUGGAGAACGUCUCAGAGGAGGAGAUCAACCGGUUGCUGGGCAUGGUGGUGGACGUGGAGAACCUCUUCAUGUCGGUGCACAAGGAGGAGGACACGGACACCAAGCAGGUGUAUUUCUACCUGUUCAAGCUCCUGCGGAAGUGCAUCCUGCAGAUGAGCCAGCCUGUGGUCGAGGGGUCCCUGGGCAGCCCCCCCUUCGAGAAACCAAACAUUGAGCAGGGAGUCCUGAACUUCGUCCAGUACAAGUUCAGCCACUUGCCGCCCAAGGAGCGGCAGACCAUGUACGAGCUCUCCAAGAUGUUCCUGCUCUGCCUCAACUACUGGAAGCUGGAGACGCCAUCCCAGUUCCGGCAGCGCUCGCAGAACGACGAUGUAGCCACCUACAAGGUCAACUACACGAGGUGGCUGUGCUACUGCCACGUGCCGCAGAGCUGCGACAGCCUUCCCCGCUACGAGACCACCCACGUCUUCGGGCGCAGUCUCCUGAAGUCCAUCUUCACGGUCACCCGCCGGCAGCUGCUGGAGAAGUUCCGGGUGGAGAAGGACAAGUUGGUGCCGGAGAAGCGGACGCUGAUCCUCACCCACUUCCCCAAGUUCCUGUCCAUGCUGGAGGAGGAGAUCUACGGUGAGAACUCUCCAAUCUGGGAGGCCGAUUUCACCGUGCCGGCCGCAGAGGGUGCCCAGAUGGUGUCUCGCCCAGGUAUCGCGGGGAGCAGCUCCCCCAGCUCAGGGGCUAUCAUCAAGAAGCUGAUUGAGAGGAAGCAGGCGCAGAUCCGCAAGGUCUACCCCGGCCUGACCUGCUUCAAGGAGGGUGUGCGGCAGAUCCCCAUCGAGAGUGUCCCCGGCAUCCGAGAAACGGGGUGGAAACCGCUGGGGAAGGAGAAGGGACCCACCACAGCCCACUUCAUGGAGCCGGUGAAGAAGUCGGAGGCGCCGGACUACUACGAAAUCAUCCGUUUCCCCAUCGACCUGAAGACCAUGACCGAGCGCCUGAAGAACCGCUACUACGUCACCAAGAAGCUGUUCAUUGCCGACCUGCAGCGCAUCAUCACCAACUGCCUGUGCCAACACCCUGGAGAAGUUCUUCUACUUCAAGUGCACCUGGUGGACCAGCACGCCAAGAAGGAGUUCAGCGCGCUGCAGAAGGACUUCAGGGUGACAGCCAUCAGCGGUGACAGCAGCCACAAGUCCUUCUUCGCCUGCGUGGUGAAGCAGAGCGACAUCGUCAUCUGCACGGCCCAGAUCCUGCAGAACGCGCUGGUCAGCGAGGAGGAGGACACACGUGUGGAGCUGACAGAUUUCUCGCUGCUGGUGAUAGAUGAGUGCCAUCACACGCACAAGGAAGCUGUCUACAACAAAAUCAUGCUGAAUUACCUCCAGCGCAAGCUCAGUGGGCAGCAGGACCUGCCGCAGGUCCUGGGCCUGACGGCAUCCCCCGGUACUGGGGGGGCAACCUCCUUCGAGGGGGCCGUAGAGCACAUCCUGCAGAUCUGUGCCAACCUGGACACCGAGAAAAUCACGUCGGCGCUGGAGGAGCUGCAGCAACUGCAGAGCCACGUCCCCCAGCCCAGGAAGCAGUACGACCUGUGCCAGGAGAGAGCGCAGGACCCCUUUGGCAAGCGGCUGAAGGAGGUGAUGGAGCGAAUCCACCAGUACAUGGAGAUGCCCAGCCUGCUGCAGGACUUUGGCACGCAGGUUUAUGAGCAGCGUAUCGUGGAGCUGGAGAAGAGAGCGGCAGAGACGUUUUGUCGCAAGACGCGGGUGUGCGCGCUUCACCUGCGCAAGUACAACGACGCUUUGCUGAUCAACGACACGGUGCGGAUGAUCGAUGCCUUCCAGUGCCUCCAGCAGUUCUACACUGCCGAGCGGGACACAAAGGACCCCACCGAACAGUUCCUCACCGCCACGUUUGAGGAGAACAGGACGAGCCUGGAGGCGCUCGCCAGGGACCGGCGCUACGAGAACCCCAGGCUGGGCAAGCUGGAGGAGAUCCUGCGGGAGCACUUCCAGCCCCUGGGUGCUUCUCGCGGCAUCGUCUUCACCAAGACCCGACAGAGCGCACACAGCCUGCUCAGCUGGCUGCAGGACACGGCCGCGCUCUGCGGGCAGCACAUCAGGGCUGCCGUCCUCACCGGCGCCGGCUACAGCAACCAGGCCAGGCACAUGACGCAGAACGAGCAGCAGGACGUGAUCAAGCUGUUCCGCGAGGGAGCCCUCAACCUGCUCUUCUCCACCAGCGUGGCCGAGGAGGGCCUGGAUAUCCCCGAGUGCAACAUCGUGGUCCGCUACGGGCUGAUGACCAACGAGAUCGCCAUGAUGCAGGCCCGGGGCCGUGCCCGUGCCGAGAACAGCGUCUACUCGGUCCUCGCCAAAGCCAACAGCAGAGAGGUCUCCCGUGAGCUGCUCAACGAGGACCUCGUGGAGCUCAUGGAGAGGGCGAUCAGAGCGGUGCAGGCCAUGCCCGAGCAGGAGUACUGCCUCAAGAGUGCCUUUCGGCCCCUUCCUUGCAGGUUGUAUUACAGAGUUUCCUCUGGGAAACUACAGUUCUCGCGGACUUUCAAGGACUGGGAGCCCGGCUGCCGCAUCGUGUGCAGUGAGUGCAGCCAGGACUGGGGAAUGGAGAUGAUCUACCGACAGGUGAAGCUGCCCAUCCUCUGCAUCAAAAACUUUGUGGUCAAGACGCCAGCUGAAAAGAGGAGGUACAAGAAGUGGAGCGCCGUGACAUUCUUCGUCAAGGAGUUUGACUACCUGGAGUACUGCUCCAGCACCCACGGCCAGUCCUUCUAG